AUGUCCUCCGUCACGACAGGCAUCUCCAACCUCCUCUCCUCCCUCUUCGAAAUCCUCACCGGCAUCGUCCGCAGCGUCUUCUCCGCCGUCCAGUCCGUCUUCGGCCUCGCCCGGGAUCUGAUCGCGAGCAUCUUCGAUCUCAUGAGCGGGCUGGUGGGAUUCGUGCUCGGCAAUAUCGUCAUCAUUGGCGUACUCGUGGCGGUCUAUGUUGGGUACUCGGCGUACCGGCAGAAGAAUCAGGGGGGUGGGAUUACGGCUGGGACGAAGAGGUCGUAG